AUGAAUACAUAUGUCGCCCGAUCCAGAGAGCAACAGCAGGAAGAUCACAGAGCUAACAGGUCUCACCACUGCCCACAUUGUGAGGAGAUUUUCCCAAUUCUAUCAAAGCUAAAAAUACACCAAAAAAUACAUACAGGACAGAAUCCGUAUUCCUGUACUGACUGUGGGAAGAGAUUCACAACAUCAGGGAAUCUAACGGUUCAUCAGAGAGUGCACACUGGAGAGAAGCCUUACUCCUGCUCUGACUGUGGGGCGAGUUUCUCUCGACUGGGCCACUUAAAAACACAUGAACAUAUACAUACAGGAGUGAAGCCUUACCCCUGCUCUGACUGUGUAAAAUGCUUCACAACAUCAGCUGAGCUAAAAGUUCAUCAGAGAACACACACAGGAGAGAAGCCUUUCUUCUGCUCUGACUGUGGAAAGAGUUUCUCUCAACUUUCCCACUUAAAAACACAUGAACGUAUACAUACAGGAUUGAAGCCUUACUCCUGCUCUGACUGUGUAAAAUGCUUCACAACAUCAGCUGAGCUAAAAGUUCAUCAGAGAACACACACAGGAGAGAAGCCUUUCUUCUGCACUGACUGUGGAAAUAGUUACUCUGCACUGUGCAACUUAAAAACACAUGAACGUAUACAUACAGGAGUGAAGCCUUACUCCUGCUCUGACUGUGGAAAGAGUUUCUCUCGACUGGACAUCUUAAAAACACAUGAAAGUUUACAUACAGGAGUGAAGCCUUACUCCUGCUCUGACUGUGUAAAAUGCUUCACAACAACAGCUGAGCUAAAAGUUCACCAGAGAACACACACCGGAGAGAAACCUUACUCCUGCUCUGACUGUGGAAAGAGUUUCCCUCUACUGAGAACCUUAAAAACACAUGAACAUGUACAUAUGGUAGUGAAGCCAUAUUCCUGCUCUAAUUGUGGAAAGACUUUUUCUCAACUGGGACACUUAAAAACACAUGAACGUAUACAUACAGGGGAGAAGCCCUACUCCUGCUGUGACUGUGUAAAAUGCUUCAAAACAUCAGCUGAGCUAAAAGUUCAUCAGAGAACACACACAUCAGAGAAGCCUUGCUCCUGCUCUGACUGUGGGAAGAGUUUUUCUCGACUGGACCUCUUAAAAACACAUGAACGUAGACAUACAGGAGUGAAGCCUUACUCCUGCUCUGACUGUGUAAAAUGUUUCACAACAUCAGCUGAGCUAAAAGUUCAUCAGAGAACACACACAGGAGAGAAGCCUUACUCCUGCUUUGACUGUGGAAAGAUUUUCUCUCAACUGGGCCACUUAAAAACACAUGAACGUAUACAUACAGGAGUGAAGCCUUACUCCUGCUCUGACUGUAUAAAAUACUUCACAACAUCAGCUGAGCUAAAAGUUAAUCAGAGAACACACACAGGAGAGAAGCCAUACUCCUGCUCUGGCUGUGGAAAGAGGUUCUCUCGACUGGACUACUUAAAAACACAUGAACGUAUACACACAGGAGAGAAGCCUUACUCCUGCUCUGACUGUGUAAAAUGCUUCACAACAUCAGCUGAGCUAAAAGUUCAUCAGAGAACACACACAGGAGAGAAGCCUUUCUUCUGCACUGACUGUGGAAAUAGUUACUCUGCACUGUGCAACUUAAAAACACAUGAACGUAUACAUACAGGAGUGAAGCCUUACUCCUGCUCUGACUGUGGAAAGAGUUUCUCUCGACUGGACAUCUUAAAAACACUUGCUCUGGAUAAGAGCAUCCGCUAA